UCCCGGUCCUACAGGAAGACCUGGCCUUCCGGGAGACAAAGGUGCCAUGGGAAUCCGUGGGCAGCCGGGAGUCAAGGGUCAACUUGGAGAGAAGGGAGCUCCAGGAGAGGCUGGCAUGUCCAUCAUUGGUCCCCGUGGACCUCCAGGACAGCCUGGAACAAGAGGUUUUCCUGGGUUUCCAGGUCCAAUUGGUUUGGAUGGCAAGCCAGGACAACCUGGACAGAAAGGGGAAAUGGGGAUGCCAGGACAAAAAGGAGAAAAGGGUCAGUGCGGAGAAUAUCCACACAGGCUGUUGCCUCUUCUCAAUUCAGUGCGACUGGCUCCGCCCCCAGUCAUAAAGAGACGCACCUUCCAGGGUGAACAAGGACAAGCAGGCAUCCAAGGGCCUCCAGGACUACCUGGGCCUCCAGGACCACCCGGGACUCCAGGAUCACCUGGCCCAACUGGCCCAGCUGGGAAAACCGGAGAACCUGGCAAGGAUGGAAAGGGUUUGCCAGGACUUCCUGGACCAAAGGGUGAUCCUGGACUUCAAGGAUACCAUGGAAGGAAGGGUGAAGUGGGUGAGACUGGCCCAUCAGGAACACCUGGACUUCCAGGAACUGCGGGCCCAAAGGGGGAGAGGGGAAUGCCAGGGCUGCCAGGAAAACAAGGAGUUCAGGGUGAACCCGGGAAUCCAGGAGCAAAGGGAGAACGUGGAAUUUCUGGGAAGAUGGGCCCCCCAGGUUUGCCUGGAAAAAGGGGGUACAGGGGUGAGAAAGGGAAACCUGGUGAUCCAGGACCUUCUGGAGCCAUGGGGCAAAAGGGUGAAAAAGGAGAUUCUAGCAAUGCACUUGGAGGUGGCAAAGGAGAACCAGGAAUACCAGGAACCCCAGGAUUGCCAGGGCCUCCAGGACCAAAGGGCCCCAAGGGUGAACCAGGGAAGAGUGAAAUGGUAGACUACAAUGGAAAUAUCAAUGAAGCUUUACAGGAGAUACGAACUUUGGCCCUCAUGGGACCUCCUGGUAUUCCAGGCAUCCCAGGGGCAGCUGGACCACCGGGACAGAAGGGUGAAAUUGGCUUGCCGGGUCCCCCAGGACGUAAUGGAGAAAAGGGUCUUGAUGGCCUAAAUGGAGUUAAAGGUGACCAAGGGGUGCCUGGACCUCCCGGUCUCAUGGGUCCAGCUGGGCUUCCAGGAUUUACAGGCGAGAAGGGAGAACCUGGAGAAAAAGGAGAUAUUGGGGCUUCAGUAACUGGUCCACCAGGGCCUCAAGGUCCACCUGGAAACCCAGGUCUUCAAGGCCUACCGGGACCUAAGGGAGAAGCAGGAAUUGAUGGAUUAAAAGGUGAAAAGGGUAUCCAAGGAGAAAAAGGAGACCGGGGUCCUCUGGGGCUGCCCGGCGCUUCAGGUUUAGACGGCAGGCCUGGCCCACCGGGUACUCCAGGACCAGCCGGUGUCCCAGGACCAGCAGGACCGAAAGGAGAGAGGGGAAAUAAGGGAGAUGCUGGUUCUACAGGACCGAUAGGAUCAUCAGGCCUUCCCGGCUUUCAAGGACCACCAGGUGAAAAAGGAAAUCGGGGACUCCGAGGUUUUAAAGGCGAGAAGGGUGAGCCGGGGUUACCAGGGCUGGACGGGCUGGAUGCCCCUUGCCCAUUGGGGGAAGAUGGGUUGCCAAUUCAAGGAUGCUGGAAUAAGGGUCAAACUCCUUGGCUGAUAGCAAAAUAAUGAGACAAGUAAGAGAGUGCAGAUAACUUGUGGAAGGUCUCCGGCGAUGAUCCGAAGAACCUCUUGCUCAAAGAUUUGCUGAAGAUGUUGCAUUACCGCCAACGAGCACCGACGUGUUCUUGAGUCAUGCACAUCGGAGUUUUGUUCCUGAACGGCAGGCCUGGUGAGGCUACAGAAGAUGGACUCAGCAGCGGGUUUUUGCUCCCUCCUUUCAGAGCCAGCGCAAAGUCGAUCAGGAAAGAAACUAGCAUCUGUUUCUUACUUUUUCCUUUUCAGUUUGGUCUGUGAUGGAAGCCUUCAGUGAAGAGCUCAACCACGUUGUCAAACAUGGUGUGAAAUGUAUUAGGACAUAGGCAACGGUUCUAUGACUGCUGGGUUGUUGUUUUUUUUAAAGUACUUUCCAUUUGUCUAGAUGAUAAACUUGAAUCUAGAUUUUUGAAUAGCCCGGUGAAAAUACAACCAGUUUCAACCAGUUCAUCAUUUUCUGCUUGCCAGUUGAUGAACAUUCAUGUACUAUGCUCAGAUUUGAUGAUUCCCUCCUCGAUACUUUCACAGAUUCUCUUCGAAAGCAAAUCAAUUCUUUUCUUCCAGAAACUUAUUUCUUUUCACUGUAGUAGAAGAUCAUUUUCAUUUUAGCAUUGUUUUCAUUGUUUUAGUAAUUUUUGGACUUGUAUUUUUUUGUAUUGGAAACAUAUGGCUUGAAGUUUGUCCUGAUAAUAUAUUAUAUAGAUUUUUUUUUUAACACAACUGUCCCAGUACUAAAAUUUAGAGAUUACGGCUUUUAUAAUACUUCUAAUACAGAUCUAUAGGGAAAACAAUCAGCCAAAAUAGUAAAACAGUUCGUCUUGGAUCCUAUUAUUGAAGACCUUUAGUAAAUUAUUUUAAUACAGUUCUGCAGAAACAAUAAUUAUUUGCGAUAUAGUUGCAGUAUCGCAUAAUUUAUCAAUGUAUAAUCCCUUGGUUUGUAUGCAUCAACUUUAAAAAGAAUGAGAUAUUCUGACUUCUGGGAUGUCUUCUUUCAUGAAGAUAUACUCAAACAAUCCAUUUUGUUUCUCUGAUUUUUAAUUUUAUUUUUCUGACGGUUUUUUGUGUUUAUUAGAUAUAUAACUCUUAGAGAAAUUUUAAUCCAACCAUGCAACCCAGUGUCUUGAACAACAACUUGCUGGCACAGAAUAGUCUUCCAAAUUUUUGGAACUGAUUCAUACGUGAACUCCAUAGGCCUAUCGAAGCAUUGGCAAAUCUCUGGAUUAAUUUAGAAAAGAGUGACAAUAAAUGAAGUAGAAAUGCUUGUUGAAUCAAACGUCCUUUCCACGAAUAAUAAUUCUUACUUUCUCUUACUGAGAUAGUUCCCUCCAAAUUCUUAAAAUUCUAUUUCUGAAUAUUGAAGGGAAGUAUAAGAUAUUCAUUGAGGAGCCUAAGGGUAAUGGCAUUGUCUUAAUGAAUGGAAACACAGACAUAAUCCAACGCAUCCUUUUGUGACUCAUUUUCCAAGGUCAAGAUUCUGAACUUGUACUAUUCUAUUUAGUGAAGCUGUAGAAGAGUUUUAAAGUAGGGGGAAUAAAUUAUAAAAAUUACUUCACUGUAAAACCUAAUUGUCCCUAGGUACCACCAAACUGUCACUUUUUUUAGCUUUAUCUUAUAACAAAAUCCAAAGUAAUUAAAUUGAUCCAAGAUUUUGAAUGCUAUUUUUCAUUCAUUUAUAGUAUCAAAUCACAUCUAAUUCCUACACAUAUUGAUCAUUAAGCAGCGAAUAGUUGUAAUUAAAUGCCAUCAAAAUCAACAGUUUGAGCAUGGAUAUACUGCACCAGCCAUAUCUCAGAACUCUUGUUAAAACUUUUCUCAGAUACCACAGUAAGGACAUUUAUUCAGUGUUGUACUCAAUUCUCCAUCCAAAACAACCUUUUCUUCAGUUUGAAAAGCUGCCAUCUCACACGAAGCAAGCAAAACUGAUGUUGUAUUUACACAAAUGUAUCGAUAAUUGAUGCAAGAUUUGAUUUCUCCUUGUAUUUCUAUAGACUUGUUAAUCUGCAUCUGUGUGCAGAGGGGGGAAAAAAUGUGACCAGAACUGCAGGACGGUGUGCCUUUUUUUUAUUAUUAUUAUGUAAGAAAUAUAUAUAUGAGUUCACUUGUGUUAAGUUAGCAAUGACCUAUCUUAUUAUUCAUUAUGUUGUGUUAAGUUUUCUUAAGCUAUACUUUUAGUCAUUUCACUUUAAAGGUUUCUGGAAUGCAUGGAUGCUGUAAACUGUUCCUAAUUCUAUUGUUUCUGAAUAAUGGUUUUCUUGCCUCCCAAAUUAUUGUAUAAUGUUGGUGCUUUUUUUCUUUUUUCCUGAGAGACUAACGUUCAGUUGACAAUUUAUUUUCCACAAGCUAUCCUGGGACCAAACAACCAUAGAUUCGCGAAUUAACUAGUUCUAACAAUGCAGGCUCAGCCUUCUACAAUCUGGUGUCUUCCAGUUCUCCAACUUGGCAACUUUAAGACUUGAGGACUUCAACUUCCAGAAUUCCAGUCCACAAGCCUUAAAGUUGCCAAGGUUGGUGAUGCCUGCUCCAGUAGACAUAUUUCAAGGUCUAUCAUCCUUAGCCAGCACAGCCGAGGGGAACUGAAAUCCAACACAUCUGGGAAACACCAGGCUGAAGAAAGCUAGUAGCACUACUAAGAUGCAUAAUAAAAGUAAUGCGGUGCAGCUAAUGCCACAUAAAUAAGAGGAUGCAUAUACAAGUGUAGAUACAAUCCGUAUAUUUUUCAAUUACAUAUGCAUCCUGUGGAAGAGAUUCCGCUCCCCUCUCCUUUUAUUUUGGUUUUUGGCCAUCUUUUGUAUACAACUAUGGCUAAACUGAAGGCAUAAUUUAUAUGUUUUUUUUAAAAAAAAAUGUUUAGGGACCAGAAGAGAUAAAGAAAUUGUUUUAUUUGAUGAUAAGUAAUUGUUCAAACAGAAGGUGGGCUUGGAAUCUAUUGUUAUUGAGAAGGCUGAGUGGCUAAUGCUAAUUCAAAGCUUUGAAAUGGUAGCUGAAAUUGAAAACUUCCACGCUGCCUUUUUUUUUUUUUUUGCCUAAUCCAUCAAAACUCUUGAUGAUAUCUAGAUUUUUAAUAUGUGUUCAUGAGGGAUGCUGAUGACCCAGCAUUUUCUAUCACGUUGGUCGUGUUAGUUGGGAGUUCAGCAUCCCACAAGUUAAAUUUUAGCAACAUCUGGCGUAUCCAGAUUGUUUACUGCUGUCCAAAGUAAGCCAUUUGUUUAUGUGCUUCAGAGCGGUAUGUACCACUGGAAAUAGGCAAUAAGCAUCCCGACACACAGAUCGUUUGCAUCACCCUGAUUUUGAUUGGAAACACAGUACUGGACCUAAUGAGCUUUCUUCAUAUGUCUGAUUCAUCUGUUCAUUGUGCAGUUUUGGAACUGUUCCAAAAAAACAAUUACUAGAUUUCAGUGAAGUUUUAGGGCAUUUUGAUUGAUUGCAUAUUGAACGUGGGCUGCAGUAUUUCAAAUCUAAACAAGGAAAGUCUAGCUCAACUUUAUAGCCUUACAUGGAACUGGACAGAAAGAUAUACUAUAGUUGUUACAUGUGGUAAUUUAGGUUUUCUUGUUGCUGUUGGUUAUCAUAUAAUUUAAAAAAUUAAACAUUCAUGGAAAUUAUUAGGAAAAGCCAUAAAACCCACAAAUAUCUCUUUCAUCAUGUAAAAUUCUCAGUAAGCACAUUAAGUAAUGCAAGAUCGUGCUGAGAAAUUUCCUGCUCACUUACCUGAAAAUAUCUUGCUUCAACCUAUUUUUUAUUUCUCUGGCGAUUGUGCCCUUAUUUCUUGUGUCACUUUUGCUGCUUAGCCAUCCAUAUAUUUUCACAAUAUAUAUCUAACCCUUGCUCAAAUAUAUUACACACAUGAAGACACACAUACAAACAUACCGAUAAAAUUCCUAAAGAACAUUUAUUUACUGAAUGCAGUUCCAAAAAGAGAAGUGUAAUCUUGUCUGCUAAAUAAUUUUGAACAAUGAAAUAGAUAUGAAUCUAUUGCUUCCUAUCUUACUCACUCAAGGACUGUUUUAUAUCUCAAGCUACUUUUCUUUGCCAGAAAAAUAAAAUUGAAUUUGGGGGUAUUUUUCCAAUUAUCCAAACUUUUCUGCAAUUAUGUGAAACAGUAAAUUAUCACCCAUGACAGCAGCAUGCAACUCUUAAUGUAAACGUUAGCAAUUAUUUUCCUUUAUCAGCAUAACAGUUGGCAUGCAAAAAUGCUUGGCACGAUUUCUAUAGGUAAAAAUCAUAAAAAGAAAAAUUGACUUAAUCCAAAUAUCAAUAGGCAGUUACCCAAUAUCCACAAACUGCAGCACACGUGUAAGAAAUCGGUGACAUGAUUUUUGGAUCUAAAUUUCCCAACGUGCAUAUUUAAUCAGUCUGUGCACAGAAAUGUGAAGAAAAUACAUCAUCUCAGUGAUUUAACCAAAAAAAUUACUCACAAAAAGUGUGUGCACUAAGGAAAGUAUUAAUUCACAUGUGAUUCAUAUUUGAAUAAAUAAAAUGCACACACAAAUGCCUACAAAUGUCUUAUCUCAUGUAAAUCUUUUCCUAUAAGUUCAUGUUUGUGGAAAUGAGCAUGGUAAAAUGACUCGAAAAUAGGAAUUUGAGACAACCCAAAGGCACUGAAAAAACUUUUGAAUUAGGCCCUGUGUUACAUUGAAAGUCUGCAUUACCUGAACUAAGGUGUAUUGAAGAUUGCUCAUUCUACUCAAUUUGUCUUGUUUCUUUGCCUUUUCCAUUCUAUCCACACCAUCCCACAAGAAAUGAAAUCAUUCUGACAGCUAUAAAAUGCAACUGUUAAUUUGGAUUUAAUUCUACGGGAACUGCUACUGUGUCCUGGGAAUUCAAAUCAAUAUAAAAUCAUUGUUAUUCUUUACAGAUAAUAGGUAGCAAUAUUAACUUAGAAAAAAAAUAACUUCUGGGUUGUUGUUUUUUUGGUAUCUUGCCUCUUAAUAAUCAAUGGGAUCUUGAAAUAACUUCAGAAUGAUAUUUUUAUACAAGACAGAAACAGUGUUUAUUUAUGGAUAGGUAAUCCUUCAAGAGAUUAGCACUUUUAUUUUAUUUUAAUUGGAUAUCAGUUACAUAAUUUCUGCAGAAUAAGACUUCUGGAAGCAUAUUUUUUUUGGUUGGUGUUUCUACUUUGUUAACUUACAGGACAUAGUUUGCCUUUUUAGCUAAUGAUAGUUGAUGUACAAAUCCUUAGCCACCUUUAUCAAAGCUGAUUUAUAAAUGAGUGUUGAUGGGGCAUUGUUUUUACAUUUUGUUGUUAGGAUAUCAAGUGACCUGAGUUUGAAAUCUCUGGGUUUGUACAUACUUUUGCUGAACCUUCCAUUUUGUUAAAUAAUUACUUUGUUAAAUAUGCAUAAAUACUUAAGAUAUUUUAAUAUGCUUUUGAAAACUCUGUUUCUAUUCUUUUCCUUAAAAUAGCUAGCAUUAUAUAUCUAUUUACCAGUAAUUACAUUAUUUCCUGUAAAUCAUUAUUGAAAAGCUAAUAUGUUUAUUGUUAUAUUAUCCUGUUUCUUCAGAUAGGAUUAUCGUCAUAUAAUACAAAAGCAUCCAAUUAUGUAUAUUUUUAAGCAAAAUAAUUCUGACUGUAGAGUAUAAAUAAUAUACACAUAUGACAUUAUUUUAGAAACAUGGAUCCUUUUUCAUACAGAAAUCCACUGAACUGAGGAUACAUUUGUCUCCUUUCUGAAAGUUUUACAAAAUUGGAGUUGUAGUCAAAUUUAAUGGAUAUUCAGUUGACCAGUAAUGACUAUAUUUUAUCAUGAAUUAUGGGACAACUCUUUGACUCCAUUCCAAGAAAAUACCAAUAUUCUCUUUAUAUUAAUUUUGGAAUGAGAUAGUUUGGCCUUGGAUUUAUGCAUUUCUGUACUUUUUGUAUUUGAUGUAAAUAUUUUCCUUUUUAAAAUGAUGUUUACUUUUUAUUAUUUCAUCUACUAGUUUAAAUGCAACCACUAAAAAAAAAAUAAAGUCUGGAUACGCUUCCAAAA